AUGGAAACGCCAGGAAGCCUCCCUCCGCGGAAACGGUGCCCCGCGCGACGGCUGCAGGCUCGCCUCGGCCCGCCACGCCGGCAGCCCCAAGCCGAGCCCGCCGGGCUCUUCCCAGCUCAUCGCCCCGGAGCGCCAGGAGGCGCCAGGGGGAGGUGCGACCGGGACUACGUUCGCCUUCAGCCAUUUCCCGGAUGUGGGCCUCCGCCUCGGCCCGGUAGGCGGUGUGCUCGGCGUUGUGGUUCCGGGUUCCCGGAGAAUCCGCGGGCGGCCACGGCGCCUGCCGCUUGCGACCUGUCCUCUUUGUGGCCUCCGCCGGUGAGCAGCGUCCUGAGCAGGCCGGAAGAGCAGCGGCCGGCGAGGCGGUGUCGCGUCGCUCCCGGCCUAGCUGCGCAGCGCCUGGUUCUUGAGGCGCUUGAUACAGAUACGAUAUGGAUAACAGACAUGAAGAAAAAGAUGGGUCACUAUGUGCAACAUCACAAGAGAAGACAAAAGCCAGAGGUAGAGAGAGAGAAGAGGAAGCGAAAACGUAGCAGAAGCCGGUCAUCCUCCAUUUCUUCCACUACAUCAUCUAGUUCAUCCUCCUCUUCAAGUUCUUCUUCAGGAUCCUCUGCUUCACGUAGCAGAAGCAGUUCCACUAGCGCAGAUUCUCCCAAAUCAAAAUCAAAGAAGAGGAAAAAGGAAAAACAUAACAAAAAGGUAAAACUAAGAUUAAUCAAAUGAAGAGCAGAGUACAUUUAGUCUGUACUCACUGUAGAGUAAAAAAGGAUGCAUGUGCUUAGUUCAGCCUGCCAUAUAAUUUCUGAAAACACAUUGUUUUGCAGUUUUUAGUAUCACUGUGGAUUCAGCAGGAAAUGAUUUGCACUCAACCAGUAUAAUGCUGUGGUGCUCUGACCAACUUCCUCUUAACAGCUUUCAUUUGUAAGAGACAUAUGACAACUUCCCACAGAAUAUCCCACCCACCUUUUUUUCUCUUAACUUCCCCUGACAAUUAGCAUGAACUACUGGUGUCAUAUGACAGCUGCUUGUCUUUCAGCUGACUUGGUAAUUAACUGGUGAACUCCAGAUCCAUGGAAAUGUAUCUCUUCUUAUUCAUUUAACUCACCAGGCAUGUGACUAAAGACCAUAUAGCAGUGAUGUUCAUAUGAUGGGUAGUUUUCCUACUGAGGGAAAUCACAAGGCCAAGAAGGCCAAUCGGGAGUUGAUGCAUCAUGAGAGGACAAGGGUUUGUUUACAGGUAACAGUAACAUGCACAAGCAUCUGCCCUGGGACACGCCCAUCUCACCGGCUCCAGUAUGCGACCCAUGCUCUGCAUACUGUAGGUUGUGCAGCAUGAUGUGUAAACAUGAACUGCGAAUUU